AUGGAUAUGUUCUUUGGCAGUAGGCUCAUAGAGCCGAUCUCCGAUGAUAAGAUCGUGCCAUUGCACUUCUUCGAGGACAGCCUCCUUGUCCAGGGGAACAAUAUGGCCGUUUCUCUUGUAUUCGACGAGGUACUGGAUCCGGAAAAGCUGCGAUCAUCUCUUGAAGGCCUCGUGAAGAGAGAAGGAUGGCAAAGACUGGGUGGACGAUUGCGAAAGAACGCAUCCGGAAAAAUCGAAUGGCACAUCCCACUCAAGUUCACAGCAGAAAGACCCACCAUUUCCUUCUCACACGUCGAUUACGGAAUACCCGCUGCUUCUCAUCCCGCUGCCUCCAAGAUCCCAAAGCCCGAUACCAAGCCGGCCAUUGUGGGUAACCCAGACGAUCUAGAAGAACUUGCAUGGGAGUCUGGAUACAAGUCGAACGGAAUCAAAGACUAUCUCACAUCUGAUAUCCCGGUCCUUGGACUCCGCGUGAACUCCUUCACUGAUAAGACUGUGGUGGUUCUGCAAUGGCAGCAUGUUGCAUUUGAUGCCUUGGGCAUGCAGUACGUCGUCGAGGGGUGGCAGUCUAUGCUCUGGGGGAAAACGGACGAAGUUCUUACUCCUUGUAACUAUGAGAAAGAUCCCUUCCACUCGUUUUCCGAUGGUUCAAGACCUUCAACAGAGAGUCAUAUUCUUGCAGACAAGAGAGUUGGAUUACUCGGCAUUCUCAAGUGGGGACUAGGAUAUGGAGUUGAUAUGGUACUCCGAGCCAAGGAGAACCGUAUGGUCUGUGUUCCAGAGACAUUUUGGCGUCCGCAGUGGGAGAAGGCUCUAGAUGAGCUUCGGGCUGAGGCCACGGCCAACGGAGAAGACCCCUCGAAGGUAUUCCUAACAGAGAACGACGUCUUAACAGCUUGGAUCUUAAGAUGUGUUGUUGGUCAGAGGAAUAUGAACCCGAACAGAACUGUCGCUGCGGCGAUCGCGAUGUCUCUUCGAAAAGCAUUUGAGGGUGACCUGAUCCCUUCAUCAGCCGAGCACCCAUACGUUGGUAAUGCGUUCGGCUGGGCAAACGUCCUUGUCACGGCUGGAGACGUGACUUCAAAACCACUCAGCUGGCUUGCUCGGCAGGUCCGUCGAGCAGUUAAUGAGCAAGGAACACGCGCUCAGCACGAAGCAUACUACGCCAUGGUACGAGGCUCUGGAACCGGCUUGCCAAUUGUUAUCCUGGGUGAUGGUGAUAUGGCUCAAGUCGGCUUUUCAAAUUGGGAUAAGGCCGGACUCUUCAACCUGGAUUUUUCACCGGCCCGAAAGACCCCUACAGAUGGCCAGGGCUCAUGUAAGCCUUCAUAUGUUCAGGAGAACCAUGGUCCAGUCAAACCUGCAGAUGGUUUCUUCAUUCUUGGUAAAGAUGCAAAUGGAAAUUAUUGGACUUCUGCAUGUGCUGUAAAGGGUCAAUGGGCAAAAUUUGAGGAACAACUGGAGAAAGAUUUUGAGAUGAGUCAGUGA